GUUUGACUUUGAAGGACGUUGACCCACGAGUGCUUUUAAAUGCGGAGUGUGUGUGGAUGUCCUCCAUGAGUCAGUAGGUAGUGUCGCCAAGAAACGUUUCCGCCCACAAAAAAGAUGGCUGCCUCCUUGAUGGAGAAAUUUGCGGAGUCUUUAGGUUCCCCGGAGCCAGCGGUUCGGUUGAUGUUAUCAAUUUUAAUCGGGUAUCCUUGUGCUCUGGUGUACCGGAAGUUCUUGUUCUAUCAGCCUGCCACAGUCAUCCACUUGUUCCACACGUUCUCUGGACUGGCUCUAGCAGCAUUCAACUUUGGCUCUCAGAUCUAUCACUCCGCAGUAUGCGUCCUUGUCCAGUUCCUGAUGCUGAGGCUCAUGGGAAGGACAGUAACAACUGUCCUGAGCAGCUUUCUCUUUCAAAUGUUAUACCUGCUGGCAGGGUAUUACUUCACAGCUACAAAGGACUAUGACAUCAAGUGGACCAUGCCUCAUUGUGUCCUCACACUUAAACUUAUUGGUGUGUCACUUGAUUACUAUGACGGUAGGAAGGACCCAUCCCAGCUAAGUUUAGAGCAGAAGAAAGCAGGCCUGUUGUCUGUGCCCUCUCUGCUCGAGAUGUGUGGCUUCUCCUACUUCUACGGAGGCUUCCUGGUGGGGCCUCAGUUUACACUGCGCAGCUACCAGAGGCUGGGGGGGGGGGGGCGCCCCCAUGUCCCUCGCCCUGGAAAACCUCCAAACAGUAUUAUACCAGCCAUGAAGAGGUUUGGUCUGGGGUUCGUCUGCGUGGUGAUAUAUGCAACGUUUAGUCCCUAUUUCCCAAACAGCUACUUCCUAAGUGAUGAGUUUGCGGCUCAGCCGUUCUGGUAUUGCUGUGUGUUUAUUCUGCUUUGGUCUAAAGUCAUGUUGUAUAAAUAUGUCAGCUGUUGGAUUAUAGCGGAGGGCGUAUGUAUAUUAUCUGGCCUAGGCUACAAUGGUGUAGUGGAUGGUAAACACCAGUGGGAUGCCUGUGCCAACAUGAAAGUGUGGCUCUAUGAAACCACACCGCUUUUCGGAGGAACCAUCGCUUCUUUCAACAUCAACACAAAUGCCUGGGCUGCCAGACAAGUCUUCAAGCGGCUGAAGUUCCUGGGCAAUAAGAUGCUGUCUCAUGUGACCACACUGUUGUUUUUGACAAUUUGGCACGGCCUUCAUUCCGGGUACUUCAUGUGCUUCUUCAUGGAGUUCCUCAUCAUCACUGUAGAGAGACGGGUCCAGGCACUAGUGACGGACAGUCCCUUGCUGACGAAGCUAGCGAACAGUGCACUCUACCCUCUCAUCUAUGUAGUCCAGCAGAUUAUCCACUGGUUCUUCAUGGGUUACUCCCUGGUGCCAUUCUGCCUCUUUACCUAUGACAAAUGGCUCAAGGUGUAUUCAUCCAUCUAUUUCUGUGGACAUGUAUUCUUCCCCGCAGUCUAUUUAGUCAUACCGUACCUCCGUAAGGUGCUGGUGCCUAGGAAGGAACUGAGCCAGAAAAAGCAGGAAUAGGUACUUUGCAUGGUCUGUCUAAGGCUAAAAAUUGACUGGAGGGGAACUGUGAUUUUCAAGGAGCAGAAUGGAAAAUAUUUUAAGGCCUUUAGUAAUAUAAAUAUAUGUCCUUGUAAAAAUAAAUUUCUAUAUAUUUUUGCGUUUUAAAUGGGAAGAGUGUUUUUAUAAACAUUUGGAAAAAUGUUUACAGGAAAUUACCAUUGUGCCACAUGGAGUUAUUGUGAGCCAAUCAGGGGCGAUUUCCUGUUUCUUUUUUUUUUUUUUUUUUUUUUCUUAAUUUUACUUUGAGGCAUGGGACUUGUAGAACUUGAAAAACUUAAAUGCUGUUGACACAGAAUUGCGUUCACCACUCUGGGGUCCAUACUUGUCAUUGGAGCCAAUGUGUGUGUUUCAUUUCUCUAUGGCAUGUCUAGCAGCAGCAGUAAGCCUCUGCAGGAGGUUUAAGCACAUGUCAGCAAACGUGGCACUAAUGUAAUAACACAACAUACAGCACAUGCUGCUUUCUGUAAAAGACACAAAAUAUUUAGGGGGUUUUAUUUCUUGAAAAUGGCUGCCAGUGGUUACACAAGCACUAUAAAUCACACACUAUACACUGAGACUUAAAAUGGCCUUGUAUUAAUGAAUGUUUUUACACUAAUUUGGUUUGAUGAUGGAAAGAGCGUUUUCACAGCUUUUAUGAAAGAACAUUUUGUAGCUGUGGAUAAGAUUUCUAGCAUUUGCAUUGUUCCACUGUGUUUCCUGUUUUGAUGCUUUAGUUUUUCCUUGCCAUAUGUUGUCUUCUUCAUCUGUUUGGUCUGCACCACUCCUCUGUCUGCCUUGAUUCCAGCCUGCUUCUUCGCCCUGAAACAUACAGAUGUGAAUCAGUUCAUAAAGAGACACACAUGCACACUGCCCAACCAUAUAGUGGCUGCAGUUUAUUGUUUGGCUUAUCCUAUAUUCAACUUGUCUCUCUAAAGCACCCUUGGGCCAUGUUUUUAUUAUUAUUUUUUAAAUGAGGACUUGUCUCACGUUGAACUGGAAGACAAAAAAAUGUGUUAAUUUGUGUUCAUCCUCAGUGUCAUCUGUUCUUCUUUUUCUGUUAGCAGGUGAUAAUUAAAAAGUGUGAAGCAGAAGCAUCCCACCCCUUGGAGGGAAUGCCGUUUUAUUUGUAUUUAACUUUCUGGGGGCUGAAUUGUCUGAUCCAUGGGAUGCUGGAGGAAGGCCCAGUGCUGCUGCUGCUGCCUUACCGUCGCUGAUGCUGACACACACUCCCACAUGGCAAGCAAGCAAGCAAAGUUUAUUUAUAUAGCACCUUUCUAAACCUGCGUUACAA